AUCCUCUACGUACUUUCUCUCUGCUCAGAUUCCACUUAUCUCCAUUUUUCUCUCACUCUAGAUUCUUCUAUUUCACUUCCGCACUGCUUCACCUCAGAAAAACCAAAAAGUACUAUUAAAUUCUUCUCUCUUUAAUCUCUCAAUUUCUUGAUGUUAAUGUUUCUUCAAUUCUCACUCUCUCACAGCCAAUGACAGACUCCUCCGAUGAAGCCAACCGAAUCGAGAAGCUCUACGAGUUCGGCGAGCGGCUCAAUGAAUCCAAGGACAAGUCCCAGAAUGUGAAGGAUUACGAGGGAAUUAUAGAUGCUACCAAAACGAGUGUCAAGGCGAAGCAAUUGGCUGCUCAGAUGAUUCCGCGCUUCUUCAAGUUCUUUCCCGACCUGUCUAAUCGCGCCCUUGAUGCUCAUAUCGAUUUGAUUGAGGAAGAAGAUCUUGGGGCUCGGGUACAAGCAAUUAGGGGACUUCCACUAUUUUGCAAAGAUACAAAAGAGCAUAGUUCUAAAAUUGUGGACAUUCUUGUGCAACUCCUUACUGCUGAGGAGACGGUGGAGCGAGAUGCUGUGCAUAAAGCCCUUAUGUCCAUAUUGAGGCAGGAUGUGAAAGAUUCAUUGAGAGCCUUGUUCAAGCACAUUGGUAGCACUGAGGAACCUAGCACAGAUGAGUUUAUUCGUGAAAAGGUUAUAUGCUUCAUUAGAGAUAAGGUUUUUCCUCUUAAAGCUGAACUUUUGAAGCCUCAAGAGGAAAUGGAGAGGCAUAUUACUGAUUUAAUAAAAAAAAGUUUGGAAGAUGUAACUGGAGCUGAAUUUAGAAUGUUUAUGGACUUCUUAAAAAGUUUGAGCAUAUUUGGAGAGAAAGCUCUCCCUGAACACAUGAAAGAACUUAUUGAAAUAGUAGAGGGUCAGGCUGAUUUAGAUGCACAAUUUAAUGUUUUAGAUGCAGACCACAUUGACAGGUUGAUAUCAUGCGUAUUUAUGGCUAUUCCUUUUGUUGUGAGAGGUGCAUCUGGCAGCAAGUUCCUCAACUACUUGAACAAGCACAUUAUACCUGUUUCUGAUCAGGAAAUCAAUGGUGCUUAUCCAAGUAUGUGGAAUUUAUUUCCCUUAAUAAAGCAGUUUGAAGUCUUUUCACUACCUUGCUCUAUGGAAACUUUAGCCGUGCAAGUGUUUAUUGAGUGCUAUUUUCCAAAAGCUUACAUCUUAGAGGCUCUACCAAUGUGCAUAGCAGUGAUUCCUGAAAACUGGCUUCCAGAGUUACGGAAACUAGAUCUGCUUAAAGCCCUUGCAGAAAUUUCGCCUUACACAUCAACACAGGACUCACGUCAGAUUCUUCCUUCUAUGGUGCAGUUGUUAAAGAAGUACAUGCCUUGGAGGAAGACUGGAGAAGAGACGAACUUUACUUACGUUGAGUGCUUGCUGUUCACAUUUCACCAUUUAGCUUUCAAGGCUCCCAAUGCCACAAACAGUCUAUGUGGUUACAAGAUGGUGACUGGUCAACCAUCAGAUAGGCUUGGGGAGGACUUCUCUGAGUAUUAUAAGGAUUUCACUGAGAGAUUGAGUAAUGUUGAGGACCUUACCCGGGCUACCAUGAAGAAAUUAACUCAAGGAAUGGCUGAGCACAACAAAACAAUGGCAGCUGCUAAGUCUGAUGAAGUGAAGGAUAAGAUUAAAAUUCAAAAACAAAACACCACAACUGGGUUGCGCACCUGCAAUAACAUUUUAGCUAUGACAAAGCCUUUACAUUCAAAAACACCUUCCUUUAUUGGGGAUAAGAGUGUAAAUCUUUCUUGGAAAGAAGCUACAAAACCCACUGCAGCCUCUAAUGCAACGACAACUGGAGUGAAACGACCUGUGAAUGCUGGUAAUGGAUCUGGUAACAUGGCUUUAAAGAAGGGCCGUGGAGCUGAUGGUUUGGAUAAUCAUCUUGUUAAUAGAGCACGGGAAGGUAUAUCUUACGGUGGGAGGACAGGUGCAAGAGGCAGGGGCAGGGGCAUGGCCAGGGGAUGGGGAGGACGUGGGAGAGGAAGAGGCUACCAGUAAAUGGAAGCUUGAAGCUUAUCCCCCUCCAGAAGUAUAAAUGACCAUCGUAAUUUGGACUCUUAAUUCCACCUGAGGAAUAUGAAUAGAAUCAUUGAUAUAUUAAAACUUAAGUAAUUUCUUCUCGGAUAAGUUUUUUUUGAUAGAGAAUACCAAUUACCAAACACACUCUAAAAUUCGUUGUGGACAAAUAAAAGCCCGUAUACUCUAUACUGGACACCCUCGGACUUUGAGAAGUCAUUUUGGUAGAGUUUUCAUUCCUUUGCAAUCUAAUGUAGAGGUCGCAGUUUGCAUUGCAUAUAGAGGAUGAUUAUUGCAAACCUGACCGUGUGGGAUCUGGCUUCUUGUCCAUGAUUUCACAGCAAGAAUGAAGCAGUCUAAAAAGA